CUUCCCCAUUUUGGAUUCGCUGCUGUCUCUUUGUCUCCAUCAAGAUGCCACGUCCCUCCGACCGCCGGAGAUUCUUGGCGCUUCCGGUGGUGCAGCCCGGCGCCAACGUCCGCCCGAGUGUCCUCCUCGAUGCCCUCGUCGUCCUCGCCGACGAGAUCCUCGCCCUCCGGGCUUGCCCCUUUAGGGUCCACCGGCGCAGCGCUCGCGAGGCGAUCCGCGAGGUCGUGACGAUCCGCGAGUUCUUGGCGGACGUCCGCCGCCGGGGGUCGGCCCUCCCCGAUUCCAUCGUGGUCGGCUUCUCCGAGCUCUACAUCACGCUCCAGAAGCUGCGCCACCUCCUCCAAGAUUGCGCCCGGCCGGGCGCACGGUUGUGGGUGCUGAUGCGGUCGGAGCGGGUGUCGAGCGAGUUCCUGGUCCUCGUUCGCUCCAUAUCCGCCGCCCUCGACGUCCUCCCACUGGCGUCGAUCGACGCCGUCUCCGAGGUCAAGGAGUUGAUUCGGUUCGUCGAGGAGCAAGCAUGGAAGGCCACGAUCGAGACCGAGCCCGAUGAUGCCCAGGCAAUAAGGAGUGUUUCGUCCGUGCUUUGCCAGUUCAAGAAUGGGAUUGCUCCGACCCGGAGCGCCCUCAGACAGAUCUUGGAUCACUUGCACAUCCGAAGCUGGAACGAUUGCGGCGAAGAGAUUGCGUUCAUGGAAGAGCUCUUCUUUGAGAGCUCCGACGACGGCGAAGAGGCAGCCCUACUUGACAGCUUGAUGGCGUUCAUGGCCUAUUGCCGGGCGGUGCUUUUCGAUACCAUGGACGACGAGAAGAGCGCCGACGAGCAAUUGAAGGCCCAAGCAACAGCCAUGAAUCAUGUCAUCGUCAAUCUGGAUUAUCUCCGGUGCCCCAUCUCUCUCGAGCUCAUGACGGACCCUGUGACGCUUGCCACAGGUCAGACCUACGACCGAGCAUCCAUUUCGAGGUGGUUCGAAUCGGACUGUCUCUCCUGCCCGGUCACCGGCGAGAAGCUGGCCAACAAAGAUAUGGUUCCCAAUUCCGCCAUUCGGAACCUCGUCGAGCAGUUCUGCCAACAGAACAACAUACGCUUCCCCGAACCAAAGGCCAAGCAGAAGCGCGAUGUGGCGAGGACCGAGAAGCCUCUCACCUCGGCGGCAGCAGGAGCCAUGGCAAUGGUGGCUGCUUCUCUAGUCGACAAGCUUGCGACCGGGACGAACCAAGAGAAGAACAAGGCCGCUCACGAGAUCAGGAAGCUGUCCAAAUCAAACAUCUUUAACAGAGCUUGCUUAGUAGAUGCUGGCUUAGUCCCAUGGCUUCUCCAGCUCUUCUCUUCAAUGGAUACUUCGAUCCAGGAAAAUGCAGUGGCGGCGGUGUUGAACAUCUCAAAGCACCCAGAUGGCAGCAGGGCCAUCGUCGAGGUCGGUGGCCUCUGCCUCAUCGUUGAUGUCAUCAGAUAUGCACUCAAAAGUCAGGCCCGGCAGAACGCAGUCGCCAUCCUCUUCUACCUGUCAUCGAUCGAAGAGUAUCGAAUCGAGAUCGGGAAGAUACCUCAGGCGAUCCCGACAUUGGUGGAGCUCUUGAGGGAAGGAACUUACCGGGGAAGGAAGAACGCCGUCGUUGCUCUAUAUAUGCUGCUACAGGCUCCCGACAUCCUGCCUAAGGCCCUCGAUGCAGGGGCUGUCCCGGUUCUCGUGGCUCUUCUCUCCAGCGAACAAGAGGAUCUUGCUGGCGAUGCAGUGGGUGUUCUUGCAAAGACCGCAGAGAGGCACGACGGUGCGACGGCGAUUCUGGAGUCCUCCGCCAUACCUCAACUGGUGGAGUUCCUCCGGUCGUCCACGUCUCGGUCUGGGAGGGAGAAGUGCGUCUCCACCCUCCUCUCUCUCUGCGACACCGGCGGAGCAAAGGUGGUCAGGUUGCUUGGACAGAUACCUGCGCUUCUGCCCUCCUUGUACUCCCUCGUCGCGCACGGCACUUCUCAAGCCAGGGCGAAGGCCAUAUCGCUCGUCAAUUGCAUACAGAGUCUCCAUGGCCAGGGAUACCCUGUCAUUGUCGCAUCUGCUGCGCAAGAACACAUCAUUCGUGCACAGUGAUGGUUUUUGAUCAUUCGUUAGAUCUUUCUUUGAUUUCAGCUCGGAUUUUAGAAGAGUUGUAAUCCAGUAUAGUCCCGAAAUAUACUUG